AUGGAAGCGGGUGAAGGAUUUGACUGGGCCUUAACUCCAGUUUUCGAUGGUCUCGCGGGCAGGUCAUAUGCCAAAACGUACAAGAACUUAAAAGAUAAUAGAGCUCAGUAUCAACAAUAUAAGAGCGAGAUUGAACGAAGUAAAAUUACACUCAAAAAUGGACAAACUGCGAGUCAGUUGGCUCAAAACAUUCAAAAAGCAGCAAACGAAUUGAAAAAAGCGGUUAAAAAUGCAGAUUCUUCAAAUCUUGGUAAAAACAUUGUUGGCAUCAUGAACCUAGAUGUUAAGCCUCACAGUAAUGCUGGAUAUUUAUUUAGUUUACUAGAGGAACUUAAAAUUGAAGCGUUUGACAGUAGUACUGCCUCAAUUAGCAAAUAUUAG